AUGAUUCCACAUUGCACCGCCCAAACUAGAUCGACCAAUAUACAGAGUAUCACCUGGCCUUGUGUCACCUCUACCACGAGCAGCCCAGAUUGUCGGCCGGCCAAUACACUCGCCCACCUGGAAACCACGGCUCCUCCCGGGUUACCUAAAGUGAUCGACGAGAGACAGGAAACAAAGAUGGCCACCAAUCUGACCUUACCCACCCCACCAUUCAUCCACGCCCCUGGGAUUGAGAAUCUUCGAGACGCCGGCGGUUACCCAGUCGAGAGCCAGAACGGCAAGGCUGUCCGCAGGGGAAUCCUCUUCAGGGCCGCUGACCCAACGCACCUCGACGAAGAAGGGGUGGCUAUCCUCCAACGCUUGGGAAUCACACAUAUUUUCGACCUCCGUUCUCUGGUUGAGCUGGCUAAGGGGAGGGAGCAGCCUAGGGAAUGGGAGGGCGCCCGCAGGGUACCCACGCCUGUGUUCCUUGACAAGGACUACAGCCCUGAGGCUCUUGCGCUUCGGCUCCGAAACUACAGUGUCGGUACAGAGGUCAUGGGCGCGCAGGGUUUUGUGAGGGCUUAUGCCUCAAUCUUGUCUGGGGCCAUCAGCCCAGACAACGCUUACCGGCCCUUCCAGACUAUUCUUGAACACCUUGCCUCAGACCCAAACCCUCCAACACCGAUACUGAUCCACUGCAGCGCCGGGAAAGACAGUAAGUCAUCUUUACAUGUGGCACCAAGGCCCACGCCCAACCACUUGGCCCUCUAG